GACGUUGAGACAAACUGCUCUGGGUUGAUUAGCUUUGUCUCCCUGUGGGCUGAAAUAGCAGAGAAGAAGCAUUUUGGACGAGCAUGUUAGCAAGUAACUGAACCCUUUCUGUUUUCACUGACUUCAUAUCUUCGUGAAUUAGCAAUCUCUGUGUCCGUCUGGAGCCAUGCUGCCGCUGAAGGAAAAGGAUAAACCCAUCGUCCAGAAGCUGCUGUCGGCCGGCUGCUGCGCUCGCUGCGUCCUCAGGUUCUGCUGUGUGAGCGUUCAGGCUGCCUACCGACGACCCCAACAGGAUACACUCAAGGAACUUCAAGCUUUCAUCAGCAAUACAGAGAACAGCAAAUCCCAAGAUGCAGCAGCAGAGUCCACAGAGGGAAACAACAAAUCCCAUGAUGCAGCUGAAUCAGAACCACCUGAUGACCCACCGAGUAAAAGAGCUAAACUGGAGCCCAGUGUGCCGUCAGAGGAGGACACUGCUGCUUCUGUCAAACUGAAGGACGGAGAGUCGUGUGUGUGCGUGGUGUGUUUGGGGAUCCUGCAGGAACUCUGUGGCACGACCCAGGCGGUAAAGAUAGCGGAGGCUGUGAAGGCAGAAAAGUACGAGUUUGACACCCUGGUGCUGUCUGUCUCUCUGCCUGCUCAGCUGUGCGUCCGCGAGCACUCCUGUUGGCUUCAUGUGAAGAAGGAGUUGAGAGAGAAGAGCGUUGCACUCGACAAGGACGACGUCAUCCAGGUGAAGGAGGCUUUCAAGUGGAUCCUUCAGGGACAAGUCGCCAAGGAGCUGGGGGGCGUUGCUGUGGUUACCAGGAGUUUGUUCGAGGUCGGCGUGGAGUUCACUCACCCAGAGACGGACGCUGACUGCCACUUCCUUUCAUCAACAUGUCCUGACUGCUUCAAACCCACCAAGAACAAACAGUCGGUGUUCACCAGGAUGGCAGUGGUCAAAGCUCUGGAAAAGAUAUCUGACGCCAAAUUUCUGAAACACUCCCCGUGUCCACCAGCAGCGGCGACCAGCAGUUGCAUCCCUCAGGACGUCCAGUGUCUCCACGUGUCUGUCUUUGUGGCAGGGAGGUACAACAAGUUCUGCCGCAGUCUGCCUCAGACUCCCUGGGUGAUCGAUGGGGAGAGGAGGAUGGAGUCGUCGGUGGAGGAGCUGAUCGCAGCGCCCAUCCUGUCUUCCUUCAGAGCCAGCGGAUUUAAUUUCUCCUCGUCUGGCAGGGAGGAUGUGGAUGUCCGGACUCUUGGAAACGGUCGUCCGUUUGCGAUGGAGCUGCUGAAUCCUCACAAAUCCAGAUUGAGCAAAGCGGAGAUGAAGCAGCUACAGGAGACCAUUAACAACUCUUCCGACAAAAUCAAAGUGAGAGACCUGCAGAUCGUUACCAGAGAGGCCAUGAGUCGGAUGAAGGAGGGAGAGGAGGAGAAAACCAAGUCGUACACGGCGCUGAUCUGGACCCAGAAACCCAUCCAGAGCGAAGACCUCACCUUCCUCGACGACAUCAAGGAUCUGACUCUGGACCAGAAGACUCCUCUGAGGGUUUUGCACCGGCGGGCGCUGGCCGUUCGUCAGCGCGUCAUCCACAACAUGAACACCCGCUUCCUGGACUCUCAUCACUUCUACCUGGGGCUGAAGACACAGGCCGGGACUUACAUCAAAGAGUUUGUCCACGGAGACUUUGGUCGCACCAAACCCAACCUGUGUGAGCUGCUGAAGACAGAAACCGACAUCCUGGAGCUGGACGUGGAGUCUGUGGACGUGGACUGGCCUCCGUCCAUACCAGAGUGAACGCUGCCGCCGGCCUCGUCCUGUAUCUGAGAGGCCACAGGUUCGAUCUCGGUGAGAGCGAACUGCUUCCGUCAGCAGCCGAGGACGUGGGAGCGUUACACCAAACCAUCGACCAGGAUCAGAGUGUCUGAGACUGAAACCAUGACGUGGUGUGGACGCUGGUUGGAGCUGAAGAGGAAACCAUGAACUCCAGUCAGAUAGCCCUGCUGGCUGCUUUGUGACACCUGGUCUGUUGAUGUUUUGGUUCUGGAUUCUGAUCAAAACGCAUCAAACGUGACCGUGUCUUCAGUUGUAUCACAGAAAAUGUUUAGUAAUACUUUCUCGUGAUCUUAUUCUGUUGUGUAGUUUCUGGCAAGUCACAUGCUAGAUUUUUAUUUUGAUCGUAUGGAUGAAAAAUGGAAAAACAACUCUUGUGUUCUUUGCUCGUUACCACCAAAAUGUCUAUUUUGUUCUGAGGGUGGCACCAGAGGUAAAUCAAGAGGGUUCAUCCUGUGUAUGGUGGCCAUUUUAGGACAUUUCAGCUAGUCAGGCUCAGUUCUACAUGUUUAGACUCAGCUGUACUUUUGAGUUUCAUGUAGCUCCAUCUGCAGUCUCAGCACCGUUCUCCAUGAUUCAGUAGCAUAUCGUUUCUGAGGCAAACUGUAGAAGGAAAAUCCAAACAAUGUAUUUUUAACUGUUAUCCAAGCUGUGUGCUUCCACUGCUGGCAAAACAAAACAACAUAUUUCAACAGCCUACUUCAUGACAAAAUGUAAAAAUAAUGUUUUGAUUUUCACCUCCAGGUGCAUAGGGAAGAGAGCUGAGGACUACCAUAUUCGCAUGCUGUUAUGCACGAGCGAUGCUAACAUUAGCAUGCUAAAUUAACAUUAUUGUUGCAUGGUGGAAAUCAAUUCAAUCUCUGUAUUUCCAUGCAACCGCAAAGCAACUGACAAAGUAGACAAUGUUCACAUCAUGUACCUCAACCAAGUUUCAAAUGUCUGCUAAUUAUUUUUCACAACAAAAUGAACUGAAAACAAAUUAAGACAGAAAAUAAAACCACAAUCAGAAAUUUCAAAUCUGUAGCAAAUACGAUGACAAAUACUAGAAACAACAGUCUCUUUAUAUUUUGAGAGGUGUUAAUCUGAAUAAAUCAGAUUCUAUGUG